AUGAAAAGAAAAGACACUACCGUGAUAAGUCUAGUUUUGCUCUUCUUCAUCACCUGCGUCGUCUAUUUUCAAUACAACACCAAAUACCUCGCCAAGAAACCGCCAACAAGACAGAAAGAAUCUAUCCCAGUCGAGUUUCCAGAGCCUUUUUCGUUACAUAAACCUACCAAAAACGAAAAGUUUUUAUCCUAUUUGCCUCAUUCUGGAUUCCAUAACCAGAGAAUCGAGCUCGAAAAUGCGUUAUUAUUAGCAUCCUAUUUAAAUAGAACAUUAUUGGUGCCACCAGUGUAUUUAGCAAGCCCAGCAAUGCCGUGGCUGCGAUACGAAAAGCUACAUGAAAGGCUCUUGUUCCAGACUAAAAACGGCCUUGAUCACUGCGUGGAAUUGGACGCAGCUGGAUUGCCCUUACCAAGUGAAUGUCUCAACAACUUUCGCUGGACGAAUAUACCAUGGUCUUUCUUUUACGACAUGGAGUCUAUUGAAAACCAGGUGCCUGUGGUGUUCCGACCUGGAUUGGAUUACCAGUGGCUGUACAAGACAUUCAAGCUGACAGAAGAUGAUGUCUACUUUUUCAAGGACAUGUCGCCCUACGAGUAUCAGAUCCACGAUGACAGAUCAACUGAUUUACCCCUAGAUCGAUUCAAUUACCGUAUUGAUUUGGUGACACUUGAAAACAUUGACCAUCGCGUGUUGCAUUUUGGAUCCAUGUUUGGUUCUUACCGCAUCCUGGCAGAGACUGAGCAACAUGCAGAACUCUUGCGCAACAUCCGUUCCAGCAUGAUAUUUCGUAAUCCUGUUUUAUCUGGUGCAGCAGAGAGAAUUGUGCAACAACUGGGUGGAGCCAACAACUUUGUGGGAUUGCAUGUCCGUGUUGGUGAUGGCAUCUUCAAAUUGAGAGCAUCCAUUCUCGUAGACGACAUUUAUCAUGAAUUGGUGGACAAGUUUACGGAUUUGACUGUGGAUCAAGUGGCAGAAUACGAAGGUGGUGUUGAGCAGCAUGACUUGGAUCGCACUGAAUCGACAGAAUACGAAAUCAAACUUCGAAGCUUCCAUCCGGUCGAUGAAACGAACUACACGAAGCCUAUUGAGGUGCAUCAUACCACUGACAGUGUAUUUGAUGUGAAUCCCAGCAUUGCUUCUCGCCUCAAGUGUCAACCUGGAGACCACACCACGCAUAGAUUCCGAAACACUGUAGUUUACCUUGCCACUGAUGCGCCGGACCCACGGAAUCACCCUUUGUUAAGCAAACUAUUUCGAGUUUUCCCUUGUACCUUUAUACUAUCGGACUUUGUCAAUGAACUAGAAGACAUCAAGAAGUUGCAGGUGGUGGAGGAAAGGGUCAAACUGGAAUCCUAUUUGAUUCCUAUGGUGGAUGCCAUGAUCUCCGCGCAUGGACAUACCUUUUUGGGUACUCCGCACAGCACGUUCACCAGCUAUAUUGAGCGACAAUUGCACCCAGUGUAUACAGGCAAAGAAGUGCAGGUGAUGGGCCUUUUGGAUUACUUGGAGUCAAUGGGCAAAUGA